AUGAAAACUAUUGAUAAGAUGUAUGAUAUUCACGACGAACUUUUCAAAUUAUUUAUGAAAGAAUGGAGGGAUCAAAAUGCUGCUUCAAUUGAAAAUAAUGAUAAUUCCAAUAAAAAUCAAGUUCAAUCAGGUAAAACUUCAUCAGUUCCAAUUGUAUCAAGUGAUUUAGAGAAACAAGUUCACAUAGACCAAAAUUCAUCAAUUUCAAUUGCAUCAGGUGAUUUAAAGGAUUUAGCUCAAUCAGACCAAAUUUCAUCAACUUUAGGUGAAUCUUGUCCAUUACUAUCAGACAAUAAUAAUUUAAAUCAACCAGAUUUCUGGUCAGGGUUUAUUGAUAGAGAGUUUAAAUUUAAUUUGGACAACUUAUUUCCAACCGAACUAUUUGAUAAUCAUCAAUAUGCUCAAGAAUUAAAGAAUAAAUUUAAAGUACUUGGAAAAAAAUCUCUUUAUUGGCUUUUGUUCCUGUGUAUUAGUUUUUCAGCUGCUUUAAUUUCCUUUACUAUCAUUGUAUGCGGAGCUUGGACCAUUUAUGAUGAAGGAUGCAAAAAAUAA